CCCAGCACGACCGGGGAAGACACGCGCGCGACCCGGAAGGCCUUCCCGCCACACUCCAAGCGGGCUUAAGGGGGGGCCGAUGGCGGAGGGAGCGGCGGAGGCCCCAGCAGAGAGUGGUGGCGGCGGCGGCGACUCAGGAGCCGGCGCAGUGGAACGGGGAGUGGCGCCCAUUAAAGCGCAAUACCUCACCACCAAGGAGCAGUUCCACCAAUUCCUGGAAGCCAAAGGGCAGGAGAAGCCCAGCCGGGAAACCAAGGCAGGAGACCCUGGUGGCGAUGACCUGGCUGAGCCUGAGGCCAAGCGGAUCCGAGUGGAGGACGGGCGGACGGAGGACCAGCAGACAGGGGACAGGCAGACGGAGGAGGCGGCCGAGCCUGGGGAGCAGCCGCAGGCUCAGAAGAGGGCCCGGGGCCAGAACAAGGGCCGGCCCCACGUGAAGCCCACCCACUAUGACAAGGACAGGCUCUGCCCCUCGCUGGUCCAGGAGUCGGCCGCGAAGUGUUUCUUCGGGGACGGCUGCCGCUUCCUGCAUGAUGUGGGCCGCUACCUGGCGAGCAAGCCGGCCGACCUGGGCCCGCACUGCGUGCUCUUCGAGACCUUCGGCAGGUGCCCCUACGGCGUGACCUGCCGCUUCGCCGGGGCCCACCUGGGGCCGGGGGGCCAGAAUCUGGUGCAGCCGGAGAAGCUGGUCCAGGCCCCGCCCGUCCGCAACGGCCUGGACAAGGCCCUGCAGCAACAGCUGCGCAAGCGCCGGAUCCACUUCGAGCGUGCCGAGCAGGCCCUGCGCCAGCUGAGCCAGGGCCGGCCCCCGGGCCCCACCCCCGCCACCCCCGAGGUCACCGAGGCCGAGUGUGCCCCGGGGCGGGACAGCUGUGAUGCCCAGCAGGGCCCCCAGGAGCCGAACACUGUUGCUCCUCCCGGCGGCCCUGUGCGGACCUGUGGGCCCCUGACGGAUGAGGAUGUAGUCAGGCUGCGGCCCUGUGAGAAGAAACGGCUGGACAUCCGUGGCAAACUGUACCUGGCCCCCCUCACCACGUGCGGGAACCUGCCCUUCCGGCGGAUCUGCAAGCGCUUCGGGGCGGACGUGACGUGCGGCGAGAUGGCCGUGUGCACCAACCUGCUGCAGGGCCAGACGUCCGAGUGGGCGCUGCUCAGGCGCCACCAGUGCGAGGACAUCUUCGGCGUCCAGCUGGAGGGCGCCUUCCCCGACACCAUGACCAAGUGCGCCGAGCUCCUGAACCGCACGCUCGACGUGGACUUCGUGGACAUCAACGUCGGCUGCCCCAUCGACCUCGUGUACAAGAAGGGCGGGGGCUGCGCCCUCAUGAACCGUUCCGGCAAGUUCCAGCAGAUCGUCCGCGGCAUGAGCCAGGUUCUGGACGUCCCGCUGACCGUGAAGAUCCGCACGGGCGUCCAGGAGCGCGUGAACCUGGCCCACCGGCUGCUGCCCGAGCUGCGGGACUGGGGGGCCGCCCUGGUCACGCUCCACGGCCGCUCCCGGGAGCAGCGCUACACGAAGCUGGCCGACUGGCGCUACAUCGAGCAGUGUGUCGCGGCGGCCAGCCCCAUGCCCCUGUUCGGGAACGGGGACAUCUUGUCCUACGAGGAUGCCAACCGCGCCAUGCAGACGGGGGUCGCGGGGGUCAUGAUCGCCCGCGGCGCCCUGCUGAAGCCGUGGCUGUUCACGGAGAUCAAGGAGCAGCGCCACUGGGACAUCUCGGCGUCCGAGCGCCUGGACAUCCUGCGGGACUUCACGCGCUACGGCCUGGAGCACUGGGGCUCGGACACGCAGGGCGUGGAGCGCACCCGCCGCUUCCUCCUGGAGUGGCUCUCCUUUCUGUGCAGGUAUGUGCCCGUGGGCCUGCUGGAGCGGCUCCCGCAGAGGAUCAACGAGCGGCCGCCCUACUACCUGGGCCGCGACUACCUGGAGACGCUCAUGGCCAGCCAGAGCGCGGCCGACUGGAUCCGCAUCAGCGAGAUGCUGCUGGGACCCGUGCCGGGCAACUUCGUCUUCCUGCCGAAGCACAAGGCGAACGCGUACAAGUAGCCGAGGGGCAGGAGGGGACCCCCACGCGUGCGGAGACAAUAAAUUUUAUUCUUUUAAAA